UAUUCACAAAAUGGCGGCCUCCUUCAAGAAAACCGUGAUAAAAUCAACACCACGUGUUGGCGAAAAUGUCACCUCCGACACGAAUUACUGGAAAAAUUUAGAGGUACCUGUGACGAAAAAGGAGUUUGGUGCCAUCACACACAUAGAGUUCAGUCCUUCUGAACCACACAGUUUCGCCGUAACAAAUUCAACCAGAGUUCAAAUCUACAGUUCAAAGUCACUACAGAUUCUUAAAACCAUCAGUCGAUUCAAGGAUUUAGCAUACAGUGGGAGUUUCCGUGACGACGGCAAACUGUUGGUUGGAGGUGGUGAAGAAGGUCUUAUUCGCCUCUUCGAUGUUGAAGGACGAGCAUUGCUCAGGGUUUUCAAAGGACAUUCGGGACCUGUGCAUGUGACCAAAUUCCUGCGUGAUCGCGUCCGCCUGUUUUCAGGAGCUGAUGACAACAGUGUGGCAGUGUGGGACAUACCUCGUGAAGCUCAGAUCACCACGUACAAAGAACAUCAGGACUAUGUACGAUGUGGUGUUCCCAGUCUCUCCAGCAAUGAUAUUCUUCUCACAGGUUCCUAUGACCACAAGGUGAAGAUGUAUGACAGCCGUAUCGGGGAGAGUGUACUGACGGUGGAUCACGGUCAUCCGGUAGAAGAUGUUCUCAUGUUUCCUACAGGGGGCGUCUUUAUAUCCGCAGGUGGAAAUGUUGUCAAGGUUUGGGAUGCUCUGUCUGGUGGCCGGCUACUGACAACACUUUGUAACCAUCAUAAACAGGUCAUGUCCCUGGCCUUUUGUAGUAACUACCAACGUCUCCUGUCAGCGUCUCUCGACAGACAUGUGAAAAUCUAUGACUUGAGUUCUUACCAAGUUGUACAUACACUGGAUUACCCUGGAACCCUCACAGCUGUCGCCGUCUCUCCUGAUGACAACUUACUGGUAGUAGGAACAGCGGAAGGUUUGGUGUCCAUACAGAAAAGGAAACCAGAAGAUGAAGUGAUACAGAAGAAAAAGAAAAACCAGAAUAGCAGAUUUGGUCUGAAAGGAAAAACCCAUAUUCCACAGGAGGAUGACCACCAUGUAGAACACAAGAGGAAAGACCACCUUACCAAAUACGACAAGUUCCUGAAGAAGUUUGAGUACAGCAGGGCUCUGGAUGCUGCUAUGCAUUGGACGGUCCGACAUCCGAAUCCGGAUGUUACACUCUCUGUCCUCCAGGAGCUUAUAAGAAGAGAAGGAAUCCGAUCGGCAUUGGCAGGCAGGGAUGAGAAAUCCCUCUCCCAUCUCCUCAGAUUCAUAGAGAAAAACAUUCACAAGCCCAGAUAUAUGAAUACAUUAACUGACAUAAUGGCACUGUUACUCGAAAUGCACAAAGGACUAAUUGACCAGUCACACGACCUUGGUGCCCUCCUGAAGCGUGUUAACCUUGUUGUACAACGUGAAGUGGCACUGAUGAAGCAACUCUACGAGGUGAUGGGGACAAUGGACACGCUGUUUGCAGCAGCCACAUCACAACAGACCAAUCAGACGAUAGAGCUAGGAAGCCUGGCUGUUGAUAAGAUGACACCAUCAUUAACUGCCCAAUCAGUGUCAACCUGAGAAAUGAAAGUACAGUGAACUUGUCAUCAGCUGGUGUUUACAACAAAAUGUGCUUCAACUCUUAAAGUAGUGAUUGCUGUGCAAUAAUUGGUAAUAUGUUGCGUCAGUCUUCAUGGAAAUUGCCACAGCAUCAUGUGUUCCACUAAUGUCACAAAGUCUGUACUAUCUGGAUAAUCCUUAUAUUAAACUCUUGUGUGGAACUCAAAACAUUCUGAGAUUAAUAUAAAGAUCAGGUAUAUUUCAAAAUGUUUUAUCUUAAGGGUUUGAAUGCAUCGUCCCCAUGGAAAUUUUGUAUUUAAUUUUUCCUAACUUUGCAUUCAAAAGUCUGAUAUAUUCUAUACUAGCACCACAAUGAUCUGUCCGAGUGACAGAUUCUUCAGAUAGCAUGUCUUUAAAUUUAAGACUGUUUAGUGCAAGUACAUGUGAUAACAAGUAUUUAAAAAAAGGACUUAAAAUGAUGGUGCUUAUGAGUGGUGGGAUAGUAGUCUUGUAUGGCAUUGGUAUCAUUUUGGUAUGUGCUUUGGUUGAGAGAGAUGGACUGUGUGUCUGUUGAGAGGGAGAAAGAUGAUGUGUCUGUUGAGAGGGAGAAAGACAUGUGUUUUAGAGAGAUUGGUCACAUCUCUCGUGUUGAGAUGGAGAGAGAUGAAAUGUGUUUGGAGAGAUUGGUCACAUCUCUCGUGUUGAGAUGGAGAGAGAUGAAGUGUACUGCCUGUGUGUUUUUCGUGGUUGGAGGGAGAAAGUGUGUGAGGAUAUUUGACCAAUUGUGUGACCAGUAUAAAUAUGUGAAAAAUAAAUGAACAGAAAACUAUAA